UUUUUUUUUUCACCGUUUGCGGGAUUUGCAAACCGAGUUACAUGCAUGUCCAGUGGGGGUAGGUUUAAUUUUGACGAUGGAGGGUCCUACUGUGGAGGCUGGGAGGACGGCAAGGCGCACGGCCAUGGCGUCUGCACCGGCCCCAAGGGCCAAGGCGAAUACACCGGCUCGUGGAGCCACGGCUUCGAGGUGCUGGGCGUCUACACCUGGCCCAGCGGCAACACGUACCAGGGCACUUGGGCGCAGGGCAAGCGCCACGGCAUCGGCCUGGAGAGCAAGGGGAAGUGGGUGUACAAGGGCGAGUGGACGCACGGAUUUAAGGGGCGCUACGGGGUGCGGGAGUGCACGGGCAACGGGGCCAAGUAUGAAGGCACCUGGAGCAACGGGCUGCAGGACGGCUAUGGCACGGAGACGUACUCGGAUGGAGGGACCUACCAGGGCCAGUGGGUUGGUGGCAUGCGCCAAGGCUACGGUGUGAGGCAGAGCGUCCCCUACGGCAUGGCAGCGGUCAUCCGCUCGCCCCUGAGGACGUCCAUCAACUCUCUGCGCAGCGAGCACUCCAACGGCGCCGCACUGCACCCCGACGCCUCCCCGGCGGUGGCUGGCAGCCCGGCCGUGUCCCGCGGGGGCUUUGUGCUCGUGGCCCACAGCGACUCCGACAUCCUCAAGAGCAAGAAGAAGGGGCUGUUCCGGCGCUCGCUGCUGAGCGGGCUGAAGCUGCGCAAGUCCGAGUCCAAGAGCAGCCUGGCCAGCCAGCGCAGCAAGCAGAGCUCGUUCCGCAGCGAGGCCGGCAUGAGCACGGUUAGCUCCACGGCCAGCGACAUCCACUCCACCAUCAGCCUGGGCGAGGGCGAGGCCGAGCUGGCGGUCAUCGAGGACGACAUCGACGCCACCGCCACCGAGACCUACGUGGGCGAGUGGAAGAGCGAUAAGCGCGCGGGCUUCGGCGUCAGCCAGCGCUCAGACGGGCUCAAGUACGAGGGCGAGUGGGCCGGCAACCGGCGGCACGGCUACGGCUGUAUGACCUUCCCUGACGGCACCAAGGAGGAGGGCAAGUACAAGCAGAACGUGCUCGUCAGCGGCAAGCGCAAGAACCUCAUCCCACUGCGCGCCAGCAAGAUCCGCGAGAAGGUGGACCGCGCGGUGGAGGCUGCCGAGCGGGCCGCCACCAUUGCCAAGCAGAAGGCGGAGAUCGCGGCCUCCAGGUAG